AUGGGAUUGCUAUCAUUGGGAACCCCUCUCCCGUGGCAGGAAGCCAAGUUGCAUGCUGAGCAUGUUCGUCAACAUGGGAUUGAGCAGUUGCUCAACAUCUGGCAUCGACUAAAGACAAGGAGACGGGAUCACUUGCUAUGGGGCGAUGAGGUGGAAUAUCUCGUUAUAUCCCUAAACAACAAUGAUAAGUCCGCCCACGUUUCGCUGAAUGGCUACGACGGACUCCUCAAAUUGCAACACCUCGAAGAAACUGCUAUACAUGCAAGGCAACCAUUUGAAAGCUCUUGGAAACCAGAGUACGGCAAAUACAUGCUAGAAGGCACUCCAGGGCAACCAUUUGGACCAACUCUAGCUGUCUUGCUCGGAGUAGAGGAGAAUAUGCGUCAAAGGCGUAUUCUGGCGCAAUCUGUGCAAGCUCCAAACGAUGUAGUAUUGACGCUGACAAACUUUCCGCGUUUGGGUUGUGUUGACUUCACAUCACCAUCAGCAAACCCCACACCAUUCGACGGUAGAGCUAGCAGAAGUCUCUUCAUUCCUGACGAUGCCAUCAAUCCACAUCCCAGAUUUAGCACCCUGACCGCCAACAUACGUGAACGAAGAGAAUCUAAAGUGGCCAUGAACGUACCUAUAUAUGUCGAUUCCAAAACCCCUCGACCCUUCUUAGAACCGCUACCGCCUUCACUGACAUCACUCUCUCGAGAACAGUUGGCUCAAGUAGCCCAGUAUUCCUGCUCAGAAUGUCAUUCUAGUGCAACAGGUGCUCGAGACCAUGUAUUUUCACUCGACCCAUCAAAACCGCUACCACCUCUACCAUCUAUAAUAACUGAUGCUAAACCAGACCACGUGUAUCUAGAUGCGAUGUGCUUUGGUAUGGGAUGUUGUUGUCUACAAAUAACCUUCCAAGCUUGCUCAGUCGAAGAAGCUAGACGGCUGUAUGAUCAACUGGCCGUCAUUAGUCCAAUCAUGUUGGCAAUCACCGCUGCGUGUCCCAUGUUUAGAGGCUACUUGACUGAUGUGGACUGUAGAUGGAAUAUUAUCGCUGGAUCAGUGGAUGAUCGUACAAAGGAGGAACGAGGAACGGAACCUCUUGCUCAAAGCAAGUAUAGAAUCCCGAAAUCUCGGUACGACUCUAUAGACUCGUACCUGUCACCAGGACCUGAUUACUCGGGUGGUUGCUCGUCAAUUGAACUAGACGACGGUGUAAAUGGUGUCCGAGGGAACUUCUUCCAGCCAAAGUAUAAUGAUAUUCCUUUGGUGUUUGACCAGGACAUCAGGAUGAGACUAGUAGAAGGUGGCAUGGAUGAUCUGCUGGCUCAACAUUUUGCCCACUUGUUUAUUCGAGAUCCAUUAGUAAUAUUUAAGGAGUUGCUGGAUCAGGAUGAUGAAAAGAGUUCAGAUCAUUUUGAGAACAUACAAUCAACUAAUUGGCAAACCAUGAGAUUCAAGCCGCCACCGGUGGGUCAAAACAUUGGCUGGAGGGUAGAAUUCCGAUCCAUGGAGGUGCAGCUGACAGACUAUGAGAAUGCUGCUUAUGCUAUAUUUGUCGUGCUGCUUACUAGAGCUAUUUUAAGCUUUGAUUUGAACUUUUACAUUCCACUCAGUAAAGUGGAUGAUAAUUUACAACGAGCUCAACAACGAGAUGCUGCUAGGCAGGGCAAGUUUUGGUUUAGAAGGAAUGUUUUUGGCAACCCGGAAAUAACUUUACCGAUUGUCAAUGGAAGCAGUAUACCACAAGCAAAUGGAAGUCACGUUGAUGACUCUUUUGAAGAAAUGACGUUACAAGAAAUCUUUAAUGGCAAGCCAUCAGCUGGAUUUCCUGGUCUAAUCCCAUUAGUGGAAGCUUAUUUGGCCUCUGCCAACUUGGACUUUGCGACGUUGAGCGGCUUAAACAAAUACGUGGAGCUAGUGAAAGCCAAGUCGACUGGUCAAUUACCAACGACGGCUACAUGGAUGCGGCAAUUUGUCAUGACACAUCCAAAAUACCAACAUGAUUCGGUUGUCAGUGAUGAGAUCUGUUACGAUUUAUGCAAGAGGGCAGAGGAGUUUGCUAAGGGGGAUGGGAGAGUGUCUGGUCUAAAUAUAUAG